AUGUACUUGAAAGCAUUGGUGUGGUGCCUUUCGGCAUGGAUUGCUUCGGCCGCCCCAUCAAAAUCCGUAGUUUUCCCAGUCAAGGGAGAUGUUUAUCCUCGAGGGUUAUAUACCGCAGCAGUAACACUCGGCGCAACCAAGAAAACCUACUUACUUGAUAUAGACACUGGCAGUGAUCUUACAUGGGUUCAGUGUAAUGUUCCAAGCGCGAAAAACCAUCGUGCUCCUAACGCUCCUUACACGCCCGUGCCUGCGCAAGUAAUCCCGGCAGCUAAUCCAAUGUGUAACGCCCUUCAACCGAUUUCCGGGAUAAAGAAGCCUCCGAACCCGAAGCGGUGCGAUUACUUGAUUAAGUAUGCGGACGGGUCCUCGACCCAGGGCAUGCUUAUUUCCGACACGGUCAAUGUUCAGUUUACCAAUCGCACCGUCGCGCCCCUUCCAUUCGUCUUUGGAUGCGGUUAUAACCAGAUUUCCGGGUCGAAUCCGCCACCAAACGCUGACGGUAUCCUCGGCCUCGGCAAAGGCAAGACCACCAUUUUAGCCCAACUGGGACAAAUGGGCGUGACACGGAACGUCGUGGCCCACUGUUUUAGUAGUAAUGGUGGUGGCUCCCUUUUCUUGGGAGAGCUUCCUCCUACUCAGGGGGUCGUAUGGAUGCCUUUAUUGACCAAAUCAGCCAACUACUAUUUGGGAAAGGCAGCAUUGGUGUUUGGUGCCCAAACUGCUAAUGAUAUGAAUGGCCUUGACAUAAUUUUGGACAGUGGAAGUACUUACACUUACUUGGCUUCUAAACCCUACAAAGCUCUUCUUUCUCUGAUAAACGGGUACUUGAACGGAAAACCCUUAGCUCCGGUAAAGGAUGCAGCCCUUCCGGUUUGCUGGAAAUCAUCAACGGGCAAAACCUUCAAAUCUGUAACAGAUGUCGCCGCCAACUUUCAAUCUUUGACUUUAAGCUUCCCGAACAACGUUAAGUUUCAAAUGGACCCGACGUCUUACCUUAUUGUCACCACAAGUGGAAACGUAUGCUUAGGCAUCUUGAAUGGAGAUGAAAUCGGUUUAAAAAAUCAGAAUUUGAUUGGAGACAUUUCGUUUCUGGAUAAACUGGUGAUCUACGAUAACGAGAAUGGGAAGGUUGGAUGGGUUAAUGUAAAGUGCCCAUCCAACAAAAACUAA